AUAAAGAAGAAAGUCGUCCGUGAAGCUCUUUCUGCGGUCGAUGCCUUUACAUUGAUGUUAUAUUUGUAGUAUAGUGUUUGGUUAUUUACAGGCAAAUUGCUUGAUGAUUAAACAUUAAGGCGCUUGUGUUGAUUUAUACGCAUUUCUCAGUAAUCGUUUUGAUAAACGCCCAUGGGAGUUAAUGUGUAGAGGACGUUCAAAGGGAUUUUAUUUGCAGAAAAUAUAUGUCUCUAUGGACAGCAAGGAGUAACUGUGGGGGAUGUCUUGGAUGCUUUUAGUUAAUCACAUAAUUGCCACCCCUUGGAAACUGAAGUGGCGAGCACCGAACACCGGCAUGUGCAACAGGCUUUCUCUGCAGUGGCACAGGCGACAAUUAGGAUGGCCGUGUGUUUUAUUUGCUGGUAAGAAAGACCUAAUUGACCUUCCAGUAUUAAAUGAGGAAGACCUUGAUGAACAGUUUGUUCGGGGAUCUGGCCCUGGUGGACAAGCCACCAACAAAACCAGCAACUGUGUGGUACUCAAACAUACCCCGACAGGUAUCGUCGUAAAGUGUCAUGAGACCAGAUCUGUAGAUUUGAACAGAAAGCGGGCACGAGAGAUUUUACGACAGAAACUGGACAUUGCAUAUAAGGGUGAGGAAAGUGAGCUGCUGAAACAGAAAAAGGAAACCAUGCAUAGAAAACAGGACAAAAGGAGAAAAGUAAAUCAAAACAUUGAAAAAAAGAGACUAUUCAAGGAGAUGCUUUACUCAGACCAAGGAGAUAAGAAAUGCUGAAGUGCAAACACGUUUUUUUUUUUUAACAAAGUGAACAAGUAUUGCAGAUGAUAGUUAUAAAAUUUCACUGUUAUAGCAUAACAUUAGGCCUGUUUAUCAUGUAUGCAUUGUGGUGUGUUCACAAAGGGGUCUGUAUUAUGGUUUAGAAACCUAGACACAGUAUUUGGCUCUGCAAAAUGUUACAAUAUAUCAACUAAACUAAACGUACUCAUUGAGCAAAAUUUUACCAAUAGUUUUGCUAAUCAAUUACUUGGUAUCUAUAAUGUAUGAGUUACCAUUAAUAUGACACUGCAUUAAAAUUUGAAAAUAUUUUAUCAAACUUGUUAAUAAACAAAGAAACAAACA